AUGGAGUUCCACUCUCGGCGUUCUCCCGUCUUGAGUUUGAGAGGUUUGUGUGCCGCUUCUCAACCGCUGGCCUCACAGGCUGGGAUUCAGGUGCUCACAGCAGGCGGGACCGCGGUAGACGCGGCUGUGGCCGUUGCGGCGACGCUCGCCGUGACGGAGCCGUGCUCCACAGGCAUAGGCGGCGAUGCCCUGCUUUUGUAUUUUGACGCUAAAGAGAAGAAAGUGUCCGCACUGUUAGGUUGUGGACGCUCGCCAGCAGCCUUAACACUGGAAGCCGUGCAGAGAGCAGGUCUGAAGGAGCUUGCCCCAGCGUCACCACUAACUGUCACCGUACCCGGUGCACCGGCUUUAUGGUGUGACGCGAUUGAUCGCUUCAGUAGCGGAUCUGUUCCGAUAAGGUCAGUUCUUGACCCGGCUAUACAGCUUGCAGAGUUCGGUUUCCCAGUGUCCCCGCUGACAGCGCUGCAGUGGCGGAGCAGCGUGGACUUGCUGAAAAGGUCCCCGGGCGGGUCUGCGCUGCUCGUGGAACGCUGCAGAGCACCGCGAGCCGGUGAAGUUUUCCGAAACCCCGGUUUAGGCCGAGCGUUGCGACUUAUCGCGGAACGUGGUAAAGCGGGCUUUUACGAAGGUCCAGUAGCAGAUGCGAUCGUUUCGAGUUUAGCUUCGGUGCCCAUGCUCCAUGAGGAUUUGCGUUCGCAUCGCACGGAAGAGGCAGAGCCGCUUCAGGCGGAAUACCGGGGUGUUCGGAUCUACGAGAUGCCGCCACCAACGCAAGGCCUCGCAACAUUGAUAGCACUUAAGAUUUUGGAUGGCAUUGAUCUCGAGAGCCUUCACACGGCCGGGCAAGACGCUGCCUUGUUGGAUGCGCUGAUACGGGCGAUGCGCGUCGGGUUCCUAGUGGCCGACACCUACAUAGCGGAUCGAUCACACGCACCGGACUCGUGUCGUUGUUGCGGUCAAGUAGACUGUGGAGCAGUGUGCAGACUUUUUACCGACGAUUCCAUGAGAACCUGGCGACGUAUAUUCCGCGAAGGUCGUGCCCAACUCAGCCAACAAUCGUCAUCCGCUGCCGGAUUCGCUGGAUCCGAUACUGUCCAAUUCUGUGUUGUGGAUGAACAAGGAAACGCAUGUUCCUUCGUUAACUCAACUUGCAAGGGAUUCGGUACCGGCAUUGUUCCGGAAGGUUUUGGUUUCUCGCUCCAAAAUCGCGGUCUCGGUUUCAGUCUUGAUUCACGGAGCCCGAACGUUCUGGGGCCAUGCCGUCGUCCAUAUCACACGCUCAUGCCAGGAAUGGCAGUGCAUGCCUCGUCUGGAUGCCUGUUCUCAGCUUUCGGGGUCAUGGGGGGUAUGAUGCAACCGCAAGGUCAUCUUCAGGUCAUCGUGAAUAUGAUGGAUCGCAAAAUGGAUGCGCAAGCUGCCCUCGAUGCGCCUCGUUUUUUCAUCGAGUCCCGAAACUUCCGGCCGGAGAACAUUGCGCACGCUCCCCUUCUGCUGGAGCAGGGCAUAUUGCCGCAUGUGGCUUCUGAAUUGCAGCAUUUGGGGCAUCCUAUCAAAAUGAGUGAUGUUCGAGGACCUGCUCGGAUGGCUUUUGGCCGCGGCCAGGUCAUAAUGCGGGAUGCAGAUGCAGGCGUCUUUUGGGGAGGCAGCGAUCCCCGCGCAGAUGGCUGUGCUAUAGCUCAAGUUUGA